CGCGUCCGUGGCUUCUAGAAGCCAGACACCCAAAGCAAACUACAUCUGCUCCCACGACCUGCCCCUCGCCACCAUGUACGAGGACUCCUGGUACAGCUUCGUCACCGACACGGCUCCCAAGAAGCCGGUGGUCAACACACAACCUCAGGCACACCGGCGCAGGGAGUCUCUGCUUCAGCAGCCCAACGUUGGUGGCCCAUCUCCCCUCCCCACGGUGACAUAGCUCACGCCGCACCAGGGCAUCGGCAAGGUCGACGACGCCCCCAAGGCGCUCGAGAACGUCUACGAAGAGCUGGAAGACAAGAACACGCCGCCUGAGCCGACGCUGACGAGACGAGCUGCCUCGUAUUCCGACUUCUACCAUGUUGUCAAGGCGCAGCUAGCCAAGGACAAGCAAGCGCGCAGGCCGAAGAAAGAGAGCAAGAAAGACCGAUCGUGGGAAGCCUUGGCUCUGUGUCACGAGGUCCCUGUGGUGGCUGGUGAUGGUGUCGUCGACGUGUGGCUAUGCGACGACAUGCAUGACGCCCAGCUCCUCGAGGCAAGCCAGCAAGAGUACCUGCUUUACAAGGACCAGCUUGCCCUGACGGAACGUCACCUCGACGCCCUCAUCGACGACGCCAACGGCACCCUUGCGCUCCUCACGUCCCUCUCCGACUCUUUCCAGGCUGUCGACGCUCAGACCUCGUCCUUUCAGGCUCAAUGUGAGGGGCUUCUCACGGAACAGCGGCGGCUGGAGAAGCUCGCAGACGAGGUAGGCACGGACUUGCACUAUUAUGCCUACCUAGACACAGCAUCGCGGCGCCUCAACGCGCCGGGUGCCAGCCGCUUGGUGGACGAUGCCAGCUUCGGCGAGAUGGUGGAUAAUAUCGACUCAUGCAUACAGUUCAUGGACUCGCAUGAUACAUAUCGGGAGCGCGACUCAUACCUCGCUCGGUACAAUGCGCUGCUCACCAAAGCCCUGCACCUCCUCGACCAUGGCUUCACGGCACGUCUAGAAAAGGUGUCGUCAGAGGUAUCGAGGCAGAUCGCCGCUACCCAGUCUGAAUCUGCAAGGCACGCGUUGGCAUACGGUCGCUUCGAGGAGAUGAUCACAGACUCGUACUCUCUCUUGCCAAAUAUCCAGCGAGUAGUCCAUCGGGCUUAUGACCACUACGGUCGACCCGUUGAGUCCACGUCUGAUACGAGCGUCUAUGCCAACGCCGCGUCGAACAUGUUCCGGGCGUACCUUACCACAAGAGACCGCGACCUGAAGCUCAUGUCGCAGCAUGACCUGGAAGAAUACCACAAGGACACAAAGAGCUUGUCGGUGGUAACGGCAACCCGAAACUUCGUCAAGCAAACGUUCGAAAAGAUCUACAACGAAGACAUCCUAUUUGCCAAAGUCUUUGACAUUGAGCCCAUGUGGCACAACUCCCCCGACUCCGCCUUCCAGGCAGUAAAGGCAAUCAACACGACGAUGGUGCACCCGGGGAACCUCACACCCCUGGCCAGGAGCAUCCAGAGCUCUUUGCAGGCCGCAGAGUUGCAAGCGGUCUGCGACGUCGUGGGCUGGCUUGCUAAUGAGUAUUCGGUCGCGGAAAGCGACGAGGAGGACUCGCCGCCGUCGAGAAAGUACCGGGAGUACGCUGCUCGUCUGCUGGUAGAGAGUCUCUGGCCGUUUACCGACAAUGCCUUCACCACCGAGAUUACAAAAUCCAUCUCGCGAGCGCCCGUCCAAGACAGCGCACUCAAAAUUGGCCCCGUCGAGAACGGCGUGGCAUCGUCAAACGCGUAUCCGCUGGUAACGCGGGCGGUGGAGCUGCUAGCCAUGUUCGACCAGGCGAUGCCUAAGGAGCGAUCUACCAAGAACAGUGCCGUCGUGUUCAACAUUGUGCGCGAGACGAUUCAGGUGCUGCAGCGGGCUGAGGGCAGGAUCAAGUCGCUCAAGUCCAGCACGGAUGCCGACCUGUUCAUGAUCAAGAACCUCCUCAUCAUCAAGAACGAGCUCGUGUCUCUUGAGAUUGGAGACAUACGAAAUCACUCAGCAUCAUUGCAGCACUUUGGGCACAUAUGGGACACGCUUAGGCCGCAGCAUCUGGUGGGCUUCGUCAGCAGCUUCAUCGGCUCCUCCCUCUGGUCGCGUAGCGCGCCAGCCGUCACGGCCAAGACACUGACGGCCGAAGACAUGAGCGAGCAGCUGGACGAGCUGCUCCGGCAGUCCAUUUACGCGUUUACGAAGCGCUGGGGCUCGCUAAUUAACGAUUCUCAGAAUAGGAAAGCCGGGGUCAAACCCAUCGCCAAGGUGGAGGCGGAGCUCGAAAGCAUACUGCAAAACGCCUUCAACAACCAGCCGGAAGUGGUGGCGAAGCUCAAGGAAGCGAUCCAGCUCAACGUUCAGGCACAGAGUAAGGAGAUGGAUGAGAAGAUGGGCGCGAAGCGGUAUUGAUGCCCACGCAGCUCGUCGGAUAAUUUGUCAUACCGCUCGAGGCUCCGACGUUGGGAUCGCCGACGUUGAGAUCCGGCAACAGCUUCGAAGACGGGCCCACGCACCCAUAGUCUGUUGGGACGCGCAGCCAUGGUCACGUUUAGUUUGCGAGUAUUCCUAGCGAUGUACGGAGCCGUUGAGCUUUUUUGAGUGUCAAAGCCACGUGGCUUAUGGAUCAGGAUACAGGGGGCGGACCUUUAGUCUGACCACGCAAUUCCGAGUGGGCUUAUAUACUAAGUUACCCUCAACGUACGUACAUACGUGUUCACAAGAUGAAGCCACAGCAUGGAC